AUAUAUCUCCUCCCCGAAUUCGAUUUCAUAUCUCAAUUCAAUUCAGCUACUAGAUCAUCAGUUUUUAAUGGAGUAUAGGCCUUUAGAGAUCACGCUCAUCUCCGCCAAGGACCUCAAGGAUGUUAAUCUCCUCUCCAAGAUGGAUGUUUACGCCGUCGUUACUAUCAACGGUGACACACAAACCAAGCAGAAAACCCCAGUCGACAAGGACUGUGGUUCCAACCCCAACUGGAACCACAUCAUGAAAUUUACCGUCGAUGAAGCCGCCGCUAAUCAGAACCGCCUCAGUUUCGUCAUUCGUCUCGUGUCCGAUCGCCACUUCGGCGAUAAGGAUAUUGGGGAGGUCGUGGUUCCCAUCGGGGAGUUGAUGAAUAGCAAGGAGAAGGUUCUCAGCUACAACGUCAGGAUGCUGAAUGGGAAGGUGAAAGGUACCCUGAAUUUGUCUUUCAAAAUUGGAGAAAAAUUCUGUGUUCCUGUUGCUGCGCCGCCGUAUGUGGCGGAGAAGUGUAAGGUUGGGGAAACACCCGUGAUGGCAUAUCCUGCUGUCGGAUCCAGCUCGGCUUACCCGGCUCCGGCUCCGCCUCCAGUUGCAUAUCCGUACAAUUACCCGCCACCCGGUGGAUACCCGCCUCCGCCGCAGCCAUACGGGUAUGCACCACCUCCUCCUGCAGUUGGUUAUGGGUAUCCUGGCUACCCGCCUUAUGGUGGGUAUGGGUACAUGCCGGCCCAAAAGCCACAGAAGCAACUUGGCACUGGAGCUGGGUUGGGACUAGGGCUCGCCGGCGGGUUGUUGGGCGGGUUAAUAGUCGGCGAGAUGGUAUCUGAUGUAGACGAUGCACUAGACGAUGGGUUUGAUUUCUAAGUAGUUUCAUCUUCUUUUUUUUUUCCCUUUGGAUUUGCUGUAAUAAAGAGAAAACAGACAUUUUAAUGUCCUCCCUACCUCCCAAAAUAAAUGCAAAAUAAAUGUUUUUUAACUUU